GCAUCACUCUCAUCGGCCGUUUCUCUAUCUCUCUCCACUGACGGGGUGUUUACCUUCUCUCCGCUGAUCGCAACAUCAGACACGACAAGCAGAGAGACCAUAGUAACCGGUUUCCGGAGAAUUCUAUCCCUCUAGGGUUUAUGUUUACUCAAGUUUUCAUGUCUUAUAAUCAUCAUCAAUGGAGAUUCCGUUUAGUUUCCCCGAUAACGAAGGUUUCACCUUUGUUUCUCUCUUUCUAGCCCUAAUGUUCACUCUUCUAUGUUCUUUGUUGUUCCUCCUCCCUUUUCUCAUACUCAUAUUCUCCCAAUCGAACAAAACCAAGGCUUGUAACUGUCUUUGUUUUAGUUGCAACGGAAUCGAUCGAGGUUCUGAUUUGAUGGCUGUUACGGGGGCUGCGGUCACUAGGAUGAUGAAUGGUGGUGGAGAGGUGGUCAUGGUGGAGAGGGAGCGGCAACAGACGGUAGGUGCGUCGAUGAUGGAACAGUUGGUUCCGGAAAUCACGACACAUGUGUUGAGUUACUUGGAUUAUCCGAGUCUUUGUAGCCUGUCGAUGACGAAUUCUUCAAUGAGGAGAGCUGCAAAUGAUGAUAAUGCUUGGAAAGUGCUAUAUCAUAAGGAUUUCACAAUGGAACAAAAUGGUAUAACACCUGCUAAUGGAUGGAAAGCCUACUAUGCAGCUACUAGAGCAAUUGUAAUCAUCAAUCAACAGUUUUUUGACAUCAUUAGAGAAAGAUCUCUUCUAGAAAUGGGCCGUCUUUGGCUGAAUGCAGAUUAUGUAAAAUGUAUUCAUGCCUCUGGAGAUAUCUUCACUGGGUAUAACAGGGUUUUGAGGAGCUGGCAGCUUGCUUUUAACUGGGAGCUGGGGAACGAUUUCCAGAUUCGAGAUGUGAGUGCACGAGUGUUGACCGACAUGGCUUGGGUGACCAUGAAAGCCUAUGUUGCCAUGGACCACAGCGCGUUGAACUUGACCAACGUGUUUGAGUUUCACAAUGGUCGGUGGUACAUGGUUCACCAUCACAGCUCUGAGAUGCUACUAAAUGAUGAGGAACUGCCACCUAUGCUUGGCUGAACAAAGAAGAGCUUACUCCUAUUCCUCGUCAAUUUGCAAAGUGCUAUAGUUUUACUUGCAUGAUACCAGGACUCAAAUCCGUUUGCAUCAAAUUUGGUAGCUUCUGAGUUAUUUAUUUAUUUGUCAACAUUUCAAAAGUCGAUGAUGUCGAAUUCGUUUUCUGACAAAAUUGUGUUUCUUGUAUCGUCUUGAUAGAAAUUCAUCGUCGUCAUAAGCCAUCCCUUUUAUUAAAGGUGUUGCUUUUUGAGUUCUUUUUUUGAUUAAAACAGAGCUUUGAGAAUGUAAAGGAAAUUUUUUGAUACUAAUAAAUGUAAGAAAAAUUAGUAGGAA